AUAAGCAAAAUGUUUCCGCAAAGGGAUCACAACAUUACUUGCACCGCAGGUGGAGGACCCUUUCCAGAAUGUGCCGGAUUGGGAAAGGCCAUGAUGGAAAAAGAAGAGGACCCUGUUGCUUGGUCAGAUGGCUGCCAGCACUCAUAAUUCUGGGCGCACUGGUAUGGUCCUACCACGUACUGGUCUACCAGAUCUGCAUAAGGAAAGUUUCCAACUAUUUGACCACUGGGCUUUUGCUGUUUUUCUACCACCUGCUGUUGCUCAUGUUUCUAUGGACAUGGUUGCGCUGCAUUUUCGUAGCUCCAGUUGGGAUACCCGACCAAUGGAAAAUAUCCGCCGAGGAUGUGGACAGAUUGAAGCGAAACGACGGAGCAGAGGGAGCAGCUCGAGUUCUCAGUUAUGCAGCCAGAAACUUACCCAUUGCCACCUGUACAAGCGAUGGACUAGUGCGAUAUUGCAAGACUUGCUGGAUAAUUAAGCCGGAUAGAGCUCAUCACUGUCGCAACUGCCACAUGUGUGUCCUGAAAAUGGACCACCAUUGUCCUUGGAUAGUGAACUGCGUCCACUUUCACAACUUCAAGUACUUCAUACUCUUCCUGUUUUACGCUGAGGUAUAUUGCUUUUAUCUGUUUUGCGUGAUGAUCUAUGAUUUGUACCUUAUUUCCGGCUUUGAGCUGACUAGCUUGAAAAUGCAGCACUCCUGGAACAUUCUGCAGUACUUGGUAUGCAUUAUCUUUAACAUAUUCACCUUGAUUAUGUACGCUGUCAGCUUGUUAAACGUAUCUCGAAAUCGCACCACCAUGGAAUCAGCUUAUGAUACGUACUUUUUCGAUGGCGGCAAGAACAAAAAUGGCUUCAAUUUGGGAUGUUUUGCCAAUUUCCGAGAACUUUAUGGCAAUAAGUGGUACCUCUGGCCCUUUCCGAUCUUCUCUAGUCGUGGUGACGGACUUUCAUUUCCCAUAGACCACGAUCGACUCAAGGAAGUCCGUGCCGAUAACCAGAGAAAAGACAUUGCACCCAACAGAGCUCAGAUUUACAAGGAAAACGUGGCCCGAAUUCUCGGAAUUCAUCAGCCAACUUUCAACGAUGAAUAAGCACUCACGAAAUAAAAAAUCAAUGUUUAAUUUGUAUCACCAAG